AGAAGUAGUUAGGACCUCCUACGACAUGCCACGUCGAAAUGAGGACAUUUUUCCAAUUUUCUUUUUUCUUUUUUUGUUUCAGGUUUACGACAUUUAUUAACUUAAUUUUUGCGCUAAUAGAUUGACACUAUCUAAUAAUAAGGGGUACGUCACUUUAUAAGUUUCAUAUUAUACAAAAAAGUUGUAAUCAAACAGUAUUACAUCAGAGAUUAUGAAUAGUAUCAGUGUAGUAGAUUAGAAAUAUUGAUAAUAAGCUAACUUUGUAAAUAAUUAGCUAUACUUUUGGCUUCCUAAUGCGGUAAUCGGAACCCAAAUCAUAUCAAACCCACGCUAAAAAGAAAAAAACAGAUCGAGAGCAGAAAAUCAAACACAGAUAUCUCACGUUGCAUAUAGCUAUCAAGAUCACAGCAUCAAUACAUUAUGGGAUUGAAACUUGAUAAGCGUAUCAUUGUCGUAUGCUUGAUCGUAUCAUGGUUAUCAAUUGUCAAUGCUGAAGCUGAUGAUGAUAUGGAUAUGGAUAUGGGUGAGAAGGUUGAAUUCCAUCCUGUCAAUCCCGGAUCAAAAACCUUUCAUUGGAUAUUAUCAUUAUUCUUAUUGUUAAUCAUUCCAUCCAUUUCAGCUACACUUGCACUUGCUAAUAAAUUAAGUUGGUCUUUGUUAUUAACCAUCAUAUCAACCGGUUACUCCGUGUUUGAAACUUUAUUCUUGCAAUUCCCCGAUAAUGUUGAUAAUCAUGAAAAUAUUACUUCAAGAAACUCAAGUUGGAUAUUAAGUAUUCUAUUAGGUAGUUGCUUAUUUUUAGGAACUGUCAUUAAUGGAUCCAAUUUAGUCAUUAAUCGUUUCUAUCCUCAUAUCAAAUUGAAUGAAUAUGGUAUAUCAUAUAAAAUCUUUAAAGUAUUAUCAUUCAUUAUUGUGAUAGUAGGUUGGGUAAGAGUUUGUAUGGCACCAGUGGCAUUAUUUGGAUUCUGUUAUGGCCGUCAUACAGGUCAAUGUAUAGCCCAUGGAAUUAUGGGUUCAGCCUUUAUAUUAUAUUCAUUUGUUUUAUCAUUGGUGUUACUUAUACCUUGGAUUAGGAAACAUCAAUUAUAUCCUAAUGCUGAAAGAUCAUCUUUUAAAUCUCAAGAAUUCUGGGAUUCGAUUGUUAUGUGUACUUGGGGGAUAGUUAAUACUUUCACUGAACAUAGAUGGGGUCGUGAAGCUUGGUCAAUGGGUGAUUAUCAACAUACUUCAAUGGGAAUAAUUUGGUGGGCGGGAGGUUUAUUAGGUAUCUUCUUAGCAAGAAAGAAUAAUCGUACGUUUAUCCCAUCUUUAUUGUUAAUUUUCACGGGAUACUCCAUGUCUCAACAUGCUCAACAUCUUGAAAUAAGUACUAAAGUUCAUUCUGUAUUUGGAUUAGCAUUGAUGGGAGCAGGUGCAUUUAGAAUUGUUGAAAUUCUGUUCUUAUUAAAAGAUAAAGCUUGUGCAACAGAUGGUAAAAUCCUUUCAUUCCAAUAUUUCCCUCCAUUUUGUUUAACCUUAUCAGGAAUUUUAUUCAUGUCAGCAACUGAAGAACAAUUAAUCUUGGUUCAUGAUUUAGGUGCUGAUCAUUCAGCUUAUAUAUUAGUCGUGUCUUCAGCAGCAUUUAUGAUUUAUUUAUGGAUAAUUUCAUUAAUCACAUUGUAUCUUAGAUUAGUAGGAUAUGAUGAAGAUGGUGAAUUAGGAUUUAAUUCAAGAAGUAAUGAAUAUGUUAAUGUUCGUGAUGCGGAAGAAUUUGAAUUAGGUUCACUAUCAGAUGAAGAAAACCCUACUCCUGAUGAAGUGCCUCCUCAUCAAGAUUAAGUACCUGACUUUUGUAAAUAGUUACGUUUUCUUAUUUAUAAUUUAAUUUAAAAUAUAUAUUCAAAGUAUUAACGGCUGUGUAAAGUUGA